ACACAGUUCACUGCGUCAAGUUAGGUUCAGUUAGCUUUGACAUAGGCCAAAAUGAAUGUCCUUGGUGAUAAUUUCGCUAUAAAGACAGUGAUCAUGCGUGGUAUUGCAUCAACGUUAGCGGGUGACGCAUUGCGCAUGAAUGACGUCGAGCCUGUCGACAUGAAGAAAGCAAUGGAGCAACAUGAAACUUAUUACAAGAUUUUCAAGAAUCAAUUACAACUUAACGUCAUAGUGCUGGAUGCUGACGACUCACUACCUGAUUGUGUUUUCGUGGAAGACCCAGCAGUUGUGAUUGGACAAAUUGCUUUAGUCACCACACCAGGUCACCCAAGCCGACGAAAAGAAUGUGACGCCAUCUUGAAAACGCUACAGUCGUUCAAGGAUAUUGACAUUAAAAUAAUGAAACAUAUUGACCCUGCAGCGAAUCUGGAUGGUGGAGACGUGUUAUUCACAGGAGACGAAAUAUUUGUCGGUUUGAGUAAAAGAACAAAUGAAGCUGGUAUCAAAGUUUUGGAAGUAGCUUUCCCCGACUUCUCAGUGAUUAGCAUAUCUAUCCAAGGCAGCCUCCACUUAAAAAGUGUUUGCACACUUGGCGGACGAAGAAAAAUACUCAUUGGAUCAGAUGAAACAUCAACUGACGUGAAAACUCAAAUUGAGAAGAAAUCUUCGGUAAAGUACGAGUUCCUUGAAGUAAAAGACAUACCAUGCUCUGCAAACUCGGUGUACUUGGAAAUAGACGGAAAACCAACUUUAAUUCAUCCAAGCACCACGAAAUACCCACUCACUGGACAGGUGUACAAAGAUCUACAAAACAUCCGAAAAAUCGAGUGCGACCUCAGCGAGUUGUCAAAAGUAGAUGGCUGCUUAACAUGCUCGAGCCUAUUGUUGACAGUUUAAUUGACAGUUUAAUGUCUGAACAAAAACUGAACAAAAUAUGUUUAUAAAAAUUGAAAAUACAGAUAACAAAAACGAUUUUCAAGCAAAAUAAUAUAGUAGGGUGGGGAAGAUGGGACACUUUUUUAGACGAGACUCUUUUUAAUUUUCUUUUUACGCACCCCCCUUUAAUGAUAAUCAGGAAAAUAAGGUUACAGAAUUAUUUAACAGUAUUAUCACGAUCUUAUAAAACGCCCGUCAAAGCUGAUUACUGUUUUUAAAUAGUAAAAAAAAUAUGUAAAAUAGAAACAGUAGUUUUUCAACAGGUAAAAACUGCGAAAUAGUAAGAUGUUAAUUUUGAAUGUCGCAAAAAUAAUACUAAAGCCGAUUAAAUUUUGUAGUUUACAAGUGUGUAGUUUACAAACAAAUUUUGUAGUUUACA